CUCUUUACUACUCGUGAAUCUCUAGACUAUUUGAAGCAUGAGGUUCCCAUUCAUCUCGAGAAAGUUGGAAUACUGGACGAGAUUUCCUCGGCCAAGUUAGUAAAAUCACUGUUGCCAAGUGUAUCAGAGAACAACUGCAGUAGCAUACUAAAAGAGUGUGGACAGGUUCCCCUGGCCAUGCGUCUUAUGUGUAGCAUCAUGAAAGAAGAGAGCGUUCCUCUAAAUGAACUCUUAGAGGGGCUGGAGACUUCAACUCUUGUUGAGGUUUUGGACGACGACCGUUUACCUCACAGUUCAAGAUUAAAGUCUUUAAUAAACACGUCUUUUCAAAGACUGUCACCCAAAGAGAGAGAAGCGUUCGUAUCUCUGGCCGUUUUUCCUGGUAACUUUGAAGCUAAAGAAGCUAAGGCCGUAAUGGGCUUAGAAAAAGCUCCAGAACGAACUAGCAAGAAAAUUUUACGAGCACUGGAAGCAAAAUCGUUAAUAGAAUCCCGCGGAAAUUUUUGCUCUUUCACAAUUCAUUCGUUACUACGAUCUUUUAUUGAUGAGAAUAAAUGUUGUGACGGUGCAACUAAAACUACUUUUGACAGAGCACAACUUCGCUUUUACGGAUAUUACAUCAGCAGCUUCGAGGAUGCUAAUAAAAUGUUUUUUACAGGCCAUUCUAAUGACGCCGUUGAAAAGUUUGUAAGUCGCCGAGAAAACAUCAUUAAAUCGCUAGCUAAUGGAACAAGAAAGGACGAGCUGUACGCCAAGACGACAGAGGUGUUGUCUAGGGCAGAACUUUUUCUCUUUUCUGUUUUACAUGACGAGCAACUGACUUUUAACAGGCUUUAUGACAAUGCUGUUGAAGAGGCAAGGAGGAAGAAGCAAUGUGACAUCGAACGUAAACUGCUUGCUGCAAAGUCCUUUGGUUAUUUAGGUUUCUUUUUCUCAAAUGAACAAAACCUUGACAGUCCCUUGCAACAUAGCUUCAUUGAUGCUCCUGAUUGUCCACCAAAACUACUCUGUUAUGGUGGUAUUUAUCAACUUCUUUGUGGUAAGCUUGAAGAAGGAAUAUUGCUUCUUAAGCGUUCUGUAGAUCGUCUGAAUAAUGACUACGGUGAAAAGGUGUUUAUGAUCUUAGCCUACCAUGUCCUUGCAGUUUGCCACAGGAAUCGACAAAACGAUGAAAUAGCGUCAUAUACCUGCAGCAUUGAGAGUGAGUCUGGAUCAUUGUGCCCUGCAUUUUGUAGUCUAUUUUCAAGAGACACCCUGUCAUCUAGAGAAUCAAAUGUGCGCUGUCUUCCAGAAUCUGUUGCUGAACGAGAUGCGUUCUUUUUUGCUUUGACAGCUGAAUUGCUUCCUCCCCUUUACAAAUCUCUCGGUGAUCAGUUUGAAAUGGAACUAUCUGUUAUCACCAGUUCUCUUCUAAGGCUGCAGAAAGUUCUUUUGGUGAUGUUUCAAGAAGGUCGUGUCCUUGCCAGGGUGUUAGAGACUUGCUGCAAAGGGUUAGAAAGAUUAGAUUGUAAUAAGGAGGCAGAAGAAGGCUUUGAGUUAAUAGCUCGUCAACUGGAAGAUGUCUUGGGAGUCCACAAGGACACGGCCCGAAAUUACCACUCACUCGGUGAGGCGCAAAAAAAUUUCAAGGAGUACGAGGCUGCCCAUUGUUCCUUUAAGAAAGCUAUAGAAAUAAGAACCAGUAUUCUACGAGAAACGAAGGAAACGGCGCAUGACAGUUCUAUAAUUAAAGGGACUAUUGAAUCAUUGAUUUCGCUCACGCAAGUCUGUGAAAAUAUUAAUGGUACUACUGCUGAUGUAGACAAUUUCGUUACCGCUUGUGAAGAACUUGAACGUAUCCUAGUUGAGUCAAAAGAUGAACACUUUGCUCAAGCAUGUUUCGUAAGCCUCGGAAGAGUUUUAAACAAUUUUGGUGAACUAUAUCUUAGAAGGAAAGACUACGGUAGAGCUCUCAUGUUACUACAGUGGGCGAUAAGGAUAAAGGAAGAAAACCUAGGAGAUAGUGUGGAGACCGUACCGAGCCUAAAUAACGAGGGCGUCAUUUACUUGGAGAUGAAAAGAUAUAAGGAGGCUGAAAAUUCAUUUCAUCGUGCCUUAGAUCUAAGCCUACGACUCAGGGAAAAACAUAUGGGUAGUCACAACCUUACAGCUGCCAUCUUCCAUCAAAGAGGAAUUACCUACCACAAAAUGUGCAGGUACGAGGAAGCUGUCAAACAAUUUCAAAAGGCCGUCGAGUUACGAAAAGAGUUGCUUGGUGACCAUACGGAGACGGCCUUAAGCUUGAAAUGUCUCAGUGAUUCACAACACGCUUCAGGCGACGUUACCGAAGCUGCCGAAACCUUACAGCAGCUGUUGAUUUGCUCACGCAAGAAUUGGAAUUUGUUUUAA